AUUUAAACAAGUGGGCCAACCCGCCCCGGCUCGUAUACAACCUUAUCCCAUUCCUGAAAUUUAUCUUCAUGAUAAAUCAAAAAUGUUAAUACUUUGGCAUGUCCGUCAUCUGUGUAAAAACACAGUCGAUCCUCGACUAUGGCUUCUGUGUAUUGGCUCUACCAAGAUGGUGGAUUGAGAAGUAUGGCGCCGGUUGAUGGGAUUAUUACCAACAAGUUCUUCGCCAGCAAUUUGAAAAUAUACAAAUCCGAGUUUCCGACCAGAAACCCGCUAAAAAAGCAUCGUUUACUUCCCUGCAUAAAGUGCAAAAAAACCGAUGAGCCCAAUUUCAUUGAAGUCUCAGUCGAGCGUUAUCCAUACGAAAGCUACAUGGACUCGACAUCCGGGCAGCUCGAGCCUGCCACUGGGGCUCGUGCGAGUAUCCCAUCCGAAGAGUAUUGGCCAGAAGGGACAGCUAAUCAGGUUCGUGCUGCUCGAGCUCCUGAGCCGACAGGUGUCUCGACUGGGAAGCCAUCGUUUGGAAAAAAUCCGGGAAGCAGACGAAAAAAGUACAAGUCCACAGCUUCUUCUGCUUCUUCUGGAUCUUCGGAAGUGAUUGUGAGUGAUCCAGUUGAAAUUGAGUCCUCUGAGGACUCAUCAGACGAAGCUAAAGAGACUUUAUCAGAAAAUUUCGUUGUUUAUGAAACUGAGCCUGAGGAGGAAUUGACCGGAUAUGACCUGGACAAGAAAAUCGGGAGGCCUCAUCCAUUUAUUGAUCCGAAAGAUAGGAGGCCGAUUGAAGAUACUCUCGACAGCGAGGAGCUGUGGUGGAACUGGAGAAAGCCUAAGAAUGAAAAAUGGUCGAGAUGGCAAAGAAGGAGGCCUGAUGUCGAGACGGUUUUCCUCAAAGCUAUGGCGGAGAAAGGGCAGAUAAAGCUCUAUGGAGAUGAACCAACACUUACUGAAUGCGCGCUUUAUAGAGCAAGAAGGCAUUUAUAUAAGGAAGAGAGGCUUCAAGAGGAACGAGAUCGACUGGAAGAGGUCGGUCCUUUGGCAUACUAUUCCGAAUGGGUCAAAGCAUGGACAAAGGACACUUCACGCGAAGCGAUUCAAAAGCAUUUUGAGGAAACCGGUGAGGAUGAAAACACCCAACUAAUCGAGAUGUUUACGCAUCAAACGGACAGAGAAUAUCGUAUAAUGAUGGGCACCGAUAUCCGAAUCAAACGUGAUCCACUUGCAAUGAGAAUGCGCGAGGAUCAGAUAAAGGAAAUUUGGGGUGGUGAUCCUGUUUACCCAACUAUAAACUAUAUUCAAGACCCAGAUGAGGUGAUUGAUUACAGGGGUCCCGAUUUUCAUGAACCAACUCCAAACAUGCUCGAUUAUCUUAAGGAGUAUGGCAAGAUAAUCACCAGAGAGGAGUUGAACGGGAUUCAGGCGAAAGAGAGGAGGACCGUAGAAGUUAAGACAACAACAGAUAUGGAUGAUGCUAUGGCAAAAGCUGUCGACAUUGGCGAAAAUGAAGAUGAAGAGGAGGACAGUGAAGAUGAGAACGCUGGUGAAGAGAAGGGUGAGAAAAUCACUCGCAAUUGGAGUAUUUUAAAGAGUAAUCCUGAUCCGAACAAAUCAAAGGUAAAACCGAAAAAGGGCAUGUCCCUAGACGAAGCGCUAGAUGAUUCCGAGAAUUUAACCGACUUCCUUCUUGAUUUCGAAGAAGAAGAAUGAUAUUUGCAUCUGGCUUCCAUGAGCAUUUUUCUUUAUUAUGCAUGGACUUGAAAUGUGUUAUAUUUUGUAUGUCGAAGGAUAAUCUUUUGGUCGAAAAAUGUGGUUUUCCGGUGGGAAGCCGAUUGUUCGUCAUAUUUGAAUGGUUUUUUUAGGAUGUAGAAUAGCUAACUAAGCCAAAUAGUGUAUUGUUUGUUGUAAUAUAAGGUGCGCAUACACCUCGUGAGAAUAUUUUAAUGUAUGUGAAUGACUAUUUUGCCCCUGAUGUAAUUGUAUUAUUACG